AUGGAUGGAUGGAUGGAUGGAUGGGAAGGCCUGGAUGGCCGUGGGGCAGCCACGGGAUCCGCCACGGGCGGAUCCGCGGGUGCUGCUGUGCGGGGCCGGGGCCGCGGCACCUCGGCGAGCGAGCGAGCUCCUUCCCCACUCCCCUGCCUCUCUCGGCCUGCGGGAGGGCAGCGGGGGGCGCGGAGCCAGGAGCAGAGCCCUUCCAAAGGGAGCCCAAACACAGGCACAGGUUGCCCGGUGAGAGCUGUCUGUCCGCCAAGGAGACACUUAAAGCCGCCCGGGCCGCUCUGGGCCUUCUGCUCUGGGUGGCCCUGCCUGAGCUGGAGGCUGGACCAAGUGACCUCCAGAGGUCCCUUCCGACCUCCAGUGCCCUGUGAUCCUGUGAAAUCCCGUAGAGCCUCGCCCGGAAAAAGCAGAACUGAGGAUUCUCCUUCACCUUUUUCUCCUGGACCUUCCUGCAAGCUCUCCAAUCAGUACAUAAUUCAAGACCCACAUGGCUGCUCAUUUCAAGAAAUUGAUGCCUGCCGAAGAUCAACCGAAUAUUAUCAGCUAAGAUGCUUCUACUAUAUCGGAUCAACUGAAAGAAACUGGGCACUGUUGGAAAAUGAUCACCCACUGUCUGGUCAGAGCAACUAUCCCAACACAAAGAGAGAGCAGCCCCUCUCUGUAUCACAUCAGAAGUUCACUUCAAGGACUCUGAGGUUGGCUCCUGCUGCUAGAAAGGCUAUCCCAAAUACUGCUCUGUGUAGUUUGUCUCACACACCAGUUCACAGUCCUAGUGCCCACAGAUCAUCUGCUUCACCCCUCCUGCAGCCUCACAUGCUUUUGGGCAGUCAACAGGAAGAAGGCAUUUCAAAACUCUGUUCAUGAAACCUACUCUGGGGACCUCCUUGAAAAACAUGCCGUUUACUUUACAGAAAAGAAGCAGUGUUUUAUCACCCAGAUCUUGAAGACAUCACAUCAACCUUUUCUUGUAAAAUAUAGGUAUUAUAAUCCUUCUUCCAGAAAAAGGAGCUCCUCCCUGGGCAGACCAUCAAUUAAAUCAGCAGGCAUCAAGAGCAAGAGAGAGAAGGCUUACACAGGUGCUGACAUCAAUGCUAAAAGUUACACAAUUUUGUUUUCAAACACAUCAUUUGAAUCAUAACUGUUUCUCACUGUGCUUUUAGUCUUUCAGGUUUUUAGAGGAUGCACAUAUGAGACCACAUUCUGCUCACUUUUCUCAGCAGCCAGUCGAGGUUAGUGUACCCAGUGAGUUACAAAGAAAAAAGGGCAGAAAACACUACUUAUACACAAAAGUUGUCCUGGUUAUGUGGAAAUGAAAUGGAUAAUGGAGUGGCUUUGGAGAAUCUUUGUUAAGAGCAAAACCAAAAUAUUCAACUAUCUUAUGAGAAGUGACUAAGGUUGUAAUUGAGAAAUCCAGCAUGCAGGGCUAGAUAGGGUCAACAGGCAUCUGUGAAUAAAACAGGAGCAGCUAAAGUAACUGGUCUCUCAGAGAAACACAAAUGGGACACUGUGAUGAGACACUGUGAUGUGGAAAACAGUGCACCCCUGUAGCCCCACAUUUCUCUUCACAGAGAAAAGCAAGGUACAAUUCUUUCCAAGAAUAUUUCUGGGUUUCACAUUCUCUGAACAUCAAAGAAAACACAAAUCUCAUUUGCUGUGCCUGUGUUGUGCCAAAGUAGAAUGCAAUAUGGAGAUUGUUUGCCCAAAGUGAUGGUGUUUUGUUUCCUUGCCCUAUCGGGGCCAAGCGUGUGUGCGUAUCGGGACUGUUGGCUGACAGUCACGAGACUCGGUGCAGUUGGAGUGCAGAGUUGAGUGCUUGGCAGAUUCAGUUUAGAUGUAAGGUAACGUAGUGAAAUAUAAUAUAGAAUAAUAUAGUAUAAUAAAAUAAUUAAUUAGCCUUCUGAUAUAAGUGGAGUCCUCCUCGUCAUUUCUCUCCCCUUGUCGGGGUUGCCUGCAAAUUUGAUAUAUCCCAAUACAAAUCUGCUCUUCUGUGAGCAGAGUUCUUUCCUACUUGACUGAACUCUUGCUUUUUGGUUGGUUUACAGCCUUUCAUUCCAUCCAAAUAAUAACUUGGAGCCCAGAAAUGUCCAGAGAAAGUGCUAUUCACUCUGAUUAUGGUCACAUGUCAUGCAAGAUUUUGUCUGGAAGUUGCACUCCAUUAGUCAUCUGGAUUUUCAAGAUGAAUGGUGAAUUGAUUUAGGAAAUUUUAGUGCACUUAAAAAUAAGGGUUGCUUAACAAUAGCCAAAGCCAUGCAUGAUAGAGGAGUUUUGUAAAAUUCCUUGGUCCACAUGCCCCUUUAAAGAAGCCAUGCUGAAUUUCUACGCAGCUCAGCCAAGGAACCACAGGCAUGAUAUGUCACAGCCUUGUGCUUGAUAGUACUAUUUCAGUCCUUAUUCCAACCACCAAAACCUUCAUUUAACAAUGUUAGCUGGAGAAGCUCCUACUUUCAUUUGAUGACCUGAUAUGAUUUUUUAAGUCCUCUUUCAAAAACACAAAUGUAUUUUGCAUGUCCUUCUGAAUAAAAUGCUGUUGUAUUUGUGUGGAAUCUGUAAAGAUUUUCAGUUUUGACAGAAAUUCUGAUUUUCUUUAUAGUUGCUUCCUUUCUCUCAGGUUAUACAAGCUGAUUUCCAUUGCUGCUAAUAUGAACCUACCCAAUAAUAAUACUUGUUCACUAUUUGCAUGAGUGAUUGACACCCCAGACAUUUAUUUCACAUGAGCUGGAAUGUGAUAUAGUUGUGAUUUUGAUAUGUUGUGGAAUCAGAUUAUUUCCCCUGGUACUCUGAAUGGAAAUAAAUAAUGAUAAUACAAAGAUAUUAAAACAAAUUAUUUACUUUUUUCUCCUUUUUAUU